AGAGCUGUGCUGUGCUUGAAUGGUCACUGUCACUAUGACAGUUGCGGCACUUCAGUGAAAAAUAUGAACGUCAGUUAAGAACACCUUAAUACUCAUACUGAAAUCAAUAAACACCCCUACAAGAACAGAAUGGAAAAAUUUACUGGGUCAAGUUUUUAGGUAAUAAAUAUAUAUAUUUACAAUGUCUCAAAAGAGUGAUAAAGAGAGGAUGUUGCCAAGAUGGUACUUUGGGGGAUUGGCUUCUGCAGGAGCAGCCUGUUGUACUCAUCCGUUGGAUUUAAUUAAAGUGCAUCUCCAGACACAGCAAGAAGGAAAGUCAUCGAUAAUUAAUUUAACGAAGAAUAUUAUAAAGAAAGAAGGUGUUCUAGCUUUAUACACUGGCAUAUCGGCAUCACUAUGCCGUCAACUCACCUAUUCAACAACAAGAUUCGGCAUCUACGAAGUAGCGAAACAAAAUCUACACAGCGACUCGUUUAUGUCCAAAGUUGCGAUAGCAGCCAUUGCUGGAGCGGCAGGGGGUUUCGUAGGAACUCCUGCAGAUAUGGUAAAUGUCAGGAUGCAGAAUGAUAUUAAGUUACCUCCAGAGAAACGAAGGAAUUAUAAACAUGCAAUAGACGGCCUAAUACGAGUUUAUCAAGAAGAAGGGGUUAGAAGGUUAUUCUCCGGAGCCAGCACUGCAACUUCUAGGGCCAUUUUCAUGACCAUCGGGCAACUGUCAUUUUACGACCAAGUGAAACUGUUACUACUCUGCUCAGGAAUAUUCAGCGACAAUAUGAUCACCCACUUUUUAUCAAGUCUGACAGCGGGUGCCAUUGCCACAUCUCUUACUCAACCUCUCGAUGUUUUAAAGACUAGGUCGAUGAAUGCUAGACCUGGGGAAUUUAAAAAUCUAUGGGGUAUAGUGAUUUACACUGCCAAACUGGGUCCUCUGGGCUUUUUCAAGGGCUACAUACCAGCAUUUGUGCGAUUAGCGCCACAAACUAUCUUAACUUUCCUUUUCUUGGAACAGUUACGUUUCAACUUUGGGUAUUUACCACCCGUACUGAGAAAUUAGAGCAAUUAUUUUUAUUUUUUUAUUUUUCAUUCCUUUUUAUUGAUUUGUUACUAUUGGUUUUAGAUAAUUUUACUAUUUUGUUGUUGUAAACAAAUGUGUCGUGUACUGUUAAAAGUUAUUUAUUUUUUUAAAGUGGAUAGGUCAAAGGGAAGCAUAUAUUUUUACAUAAUGUUUUAUUAUAGAUAGUAUUUUAUUUUUACUUUUUGCAUCUAUUUGCAUUUUGUUACGUUACACAAUAUAUUGAGCAAUAUUUAUUUUCGGAUAUAAGUUAUACUCUACGCAUUUAAAGAAAUUGUGUAUUGUUACAUUUGUUUUGCUUAUCAAGGCUCUAUAAUGCUCAGUGGAAUAUUUUUAGUAUUAAGUGACAAAUAUAUGUUAUACAACGAU